AACGGUAUCUUCGGUCCGAGUGCGUCGAGACCGCACUGAUGAACGACAAAUCGACGACACGCGAACUUGGGGAUUCCGGCAGCAGCAACAGUGCCAAUAGUCUCGACGAUCUCUGUAGGCAUCGCCGCACCGAUCUUGCCGCUCGCACCAUCGACGACAACGAGGACGACGGCAGCAAUCGGUUCGAUCGGCACGAGAUGACGGAAAACGCGCGAGAUCAUUACAUGGUACCUACGCGAGAUCCGCGCGAGCUUAACGAACGUAUCCUGUCGCUCUUUAACCCGCAAUUCUUGCCGAACUUUAACGACAUGAUUACGUAUGUGGCCGCGCCCAUAAGCAGUCCGCCAUCGCCCCGCUCCCAGUCUAUGCUCCAUCGCAGCGUGGACGACGGUCUUCUAAUUAAGACGACGAAUUAUCGCAAACGUGGCGGCACGAACUCGAUGUGCUUUCGACGUGGACUGUCCUAUGAGGCGCAACGGAAGUGAUAGUAUCUCUCGACUUCGUAUCGCAUCAUAUUGCAUCGCAUCGCAUCGCAUUGCAACGCAACGCAUCGUAUCGCAUCGCAUCGCCAGCGUAUUCUACGGAAGCAGAACAAGUCCAUUCUUACUAUUUACGGUUUGGUCACGAGGAACGUCGGUAAUUUUGUGCGCUUAAGAAGUAGCAGUGUUGGUACUUGAGAUGAUCUCGCAUCUGUGACAUGGUCUUGAAGAAGGAACACGAUCGUAGAUACUGUAUCACGCGCAACACACGAACCCUUCUCCUCUCUUUAUAUUAAUCUCACGAUAAGCACACACGGCGAAAGGAUGCGUAUUGUAAGAUACAUAACUGACGCGUUGUGUCCUAGAUUGAUCAAAGAGGCCGAGGAUCUUUGUUUCUUCUUUUAGAAUAUCUUCAAACUUUUCGUGCCCACCGCGCGCCCAUCGUUACGCUCACGAACAGCCAUCGCAGAAUUAUUUUUGUAUAGAAUUCGAUCGUUUGAACUUUUCUUUUUAUUAAUUUCUUGAGGAUAACGAUUGUGUGAUAACGAUGGAGAAUCGAAUUCGAGAAAAAAAAAUGUAUGCCGACGAUGACGACAACGACGACGACGACGACGACGACGAUGACGACGACGACGACGACUACGACUACGACUACGACUACGACUACGACUACGACGACGAUAGCGACAAUUAUGACUACAACGAGAAGGCUGAAAGAUCGAAAGAUCAUAGUAAUGUUGUAAUGUGAUAUCAUAUGUGGACUGUGUUCGUAGCAGUGACCUGUUAUGUGCUUAGACUGAUGCAAAAUGAAAUGAAACAUUGUGUAGAGACAUUUAAGCAUUCGCACGAGAAACGAGGCGUGCCUUCCCGUGUAUUAAUUGUUGGCAGAUCUUGAUCUAUAACAGGAAUGGAGUAUUACUGUGGCUGGUACAGUUUUGGGCAAGUGCCUCACAUUCAUGCGUUUUGUUGAAAAAUAUUCGAUAGCACGAAGCAAAGAAUAGAGAGAGAUUUAAGUAAGACUAAUUCGAGUAUUGUCGUGCACUUAUUAUCGUGCUGUGAGUAUUGCUAAUGAUGGAAAUAACAGGCGAGAGAGCACGAUUUGAUGACUCAGCUUGCGAGAGAUUAUAAUGAUAAUCGUGUAUACAGUUUCUUCGAGGAAUGUACGUAAAGUUUGAUGGAACGUUUUAGGAACACUUUGUAUACUUAAAGAACCUUUCUUUGCGUCUCGUUAUCCUGCGGUAAGUUUUACGUAGCGACGUUUAAGUAAAAGAUA